CGCCCAGAAUGGCUUCGGCACGCGGCUCUCCGACGUGGACGCGGUGGCGUUCCAGGACGGCACCGACAGCCUCGGGAAGGAGGCGAUCAGGGGGACCAUCAAGCGGCUACGGCGGGUCUUUCAGGACAAGACGGAAUUCCAGGUGGUCGGGCACAUCCUCCACGCCCGCGUGCCCAUCCUGAAGCUGCGCUACCAGGGGCCCCCGAGGCCCCGCGAGGUGGACCUGUCCAUCGACAACACGGAGCCGCUGGCGAACACCAGGCUGCUCCGGGCCUACGCCGAGCUCGACGACCGCGUGCGCGACCUGGGGGUGCUGCUGAAGCGCUGGGCGACGCGCCGCGACCUUGCGGGCGCGGCGCACGGGCAUCUGUCGUCGUAUGCCUGGGUCCUGCUGGCCCUGUACUACCUGCAGGCUGCUGCGGGCCGUUGGCCCCCGGGCAGGCGGACGGCGCCCUCGACGCCUCCUUCCAGAGCGUGGAGGACGCCGACCACAGGGCAGCGGUGGUGGCGGCGGGUGCCGAGGCCUGGCGCCUCGACGAGUCCGUCACGCGGGACGCGCUCCUGCGGGGCUUCUUCUGCUUCUACGCCGACGAGUUCCGCUGGGGCGAGGAGGUGGUCUCCGUGCGCUGUGGCCGCCGCCUCCUCCUCACGGAGCCCUGCUUCGCGAGACUGCAGCCCUGCAGGGACGAAGGCAGCGGCCCCCGGAUGCGCAUAG